CGUAAAAUUGACCUAACCGGAGCGUGGGUUAUGUUGCUUUGAAAUAGUUUAAAGUGGUCCUUCUGAUGUGCUUAUUUUGCGACAAAGAGAAAAUCUUUAUUUUGUUUUCUUUUCAAUCCAGGAGCAUUUUAGAAUGUAAGGCCGUGUUGGACAAGAUUCCUCAGGAUAAACUGUGCAGACUGACUCAAAACAUCAUCAAGGUUUUAGAGGCUUCCAUGAACGCUUCUGAGAACAGUUCUGAUCCUCCACUAGCAACUGCUAAACCCUGGGUUCUACUCUACAGGGUCAUCAAACACCAGGAAAAGUACGAAGAGACAGUGGACAAUUCCCCAAAGACAUGCGUUCAGUCUGUUCCUCCACCUACAGACACUCCAGUGCCUGAGACUGCGAGCACAGAUAGCAAUGUGAGCAGCGUCAGUGUGAUAAGUGACAUGCCUGCUAGUAACAUAUCACCGUCACUGCAGUUUCUGCGCACUGCGCAUGAGCAUCUUGGCAGGCGUGGUUGGUGUUGUAACAAUGAAGGAGUGUUUUUGUUGCUUAAAGUGGAGGUUCUUACAGAAGAAAUUGCAAAACCAGUCGUCCCAGCAAGAGAGGAACUGGUUCGCGACCUGGAACAGUGUUUCUUGUGUCUUUAUGGACAUCCUUCUAUCUCUAAGAAAGCGAAGGCUCGAAACCUCGUGGAGCACAACUCGUCCCAGAUUGCCCUGACGUGGAGUAACUCGGUUGUAGUAUUUGAUUAUUUCAAACCCCCAGAGCCGCCCACAUUUGACAGCAAAGCUAACACUAUUUCUGCAGAGGUACAGAAUCUUCUCCGUAGAAUAACGGUGGUGAUUCCUCAGCAAGAACUUGAAGCCAUCAGUUUUGAAAGCGUGCAGUCGUUUAUCGAGGGUGGAGAUGAACCGGUCCCGAAGCUGCCUGAUCGUCUAGUUGGUGUAAAAAGGCCUGUAAUAAGCGAAAUCUUCUACCUGCUGGCUGAUUUCUACUUUAAGAACAAGGAAUUCAGGUAUUCAAUCUUGUUCAAAUCCUCCUCCCUGCCUUUAGAUGGAUUCUGAAGUUGUGUUUGGUUAUACCAAAUUUAGCUCCUCGGUUCGUUGUAAAUAGCAAACUAGUCAGUCUCCCACUUUUUAA